AUGUCUGCGAAAACACCCACAGGGGCAGUCGAGGACGAGCGAGCAUCUUUGACCUCCCGAGUGAUCCCUAUCAUGACAUUAUCGCAAGGAACAAGCCCGCUGACUCGCCCCUUCCCUCCUGUGAGCUUGGCACCUGCUCGUGUGCGAGCAGAAGCACGCUUCCGAGUUAACGGGACAGCCAUAGUUACCGGUGGGGCUGGAGCGCUUGGCCUCAUAUCCGCCCAGGCGCUCCUAGAACAUGGACUCUCGGCACUGUGUAUCAUGGACCUCCCCAUGACCCUCAAAGCUUCAGAUCAACAAAUCCAAUCACUGGUAUCGGAGUUCCCCUCUGCGAGUAUUACCAAGAUCCCCUUGGAUGUGACGGCAAUGGAAUCUAUCGAGGCCGCAUUCGAGCAGGCAAAUAAGACCAUGGGCGGGAUUGAUAUUCUCUGCUGCUUUGCUGGAAUCCCAGGAUGUCAACCAUCCCUCACUGUAACGCUCGACCAAUUCACCAAAGUGAUGGAUGUGAAUCUGAACGGAUCGUUCUUCUGCGCGCAGGCAGCAGCAAAACGUAUGGAAGCUUCAAAAAAGGGUGGGUGCAUCUUGUUCACUGCGUCGAUUUCGGCGCAUUGUACCAAUUUCCCUCAGCCGCAGGCUGCUUAUAAUGCAAGCAAGGCUGGGGUCGCGCAUCUGACGCGCAACCUGGCUGCUGAGUGGGCGGUUCAUGGGAUUCGAGUAAAUAGUAUCAGUCCCGGGUAUAUGGAUACUAUUCUCAAUGCUGGAGAUGGAUUGGCGGAUGUUAGGAAAGUUUGGGAUUCUCGGUGUCCUAUGGGUCGGAUGGGAGAUCCUGAGGAGACCACUGGGGCUGUUGUUAUGCUGUGCAGUCAGCGUGCGGGUCGAUACAUUACUGGGGCUGAUAUUGUCAUUGAUGGGGGGACUUUAACUCUGUGA